AUGAAUGAUACCAAAAUACGCAAUGAUCCAGAAUUAGAUAAUUUUCUAAGGAGGACUCAUGAAAUAGACAAUGAAAGAAAACAAAAACGUAAUAAUGGGCCACCUGCUCUGAAACCUAAACCUAGAUUGACAUCACAGAGAAAUCAAUUCAAUGAAAGUGAUCUGAAGGAAGCAAGGAAGAUUCUUCACGGUAGUGAUAUGAUUGAGUUUAAUGAAGAGAUGGUAGUUGACGGAUCCGAAUAUAAUGAUAAUGGCGAGGAUGAUUUAACGUUUAAAUCUGCAUACAAUUAUGAGAAGACAUUCUCUCCAAAAAAAAAGAAUUAUUCUCUCGAUAAAUUAGAUCUUGAACGUGACGAAACACGAGAAUAUCUUCCACCAAGAAAGUCUCAAAAUGAGGACGACAGUAUGUCCUUUUCUGUUUCAAAAGAAGAUUUUUUGUUAUUACAGAGGCUGAAGAAGGAUAAGGAGUUAAGCAAAGGAGUGAAACCUAGACAAGAAAUACCGCCAAAGGUUACUUCAUCUUCAAGUGAAACUCCCGGCAAAGAUGCAUUUUCACCAAGGAAAAAAACAAUGCCCACAAGAGGUAAGCCAAGGGCUAAUAAUGUGAAAAUACAGUAUGAUGUAGAUAUUGACAUGGAUACACCUUCUCUACCCCCAAGAAGAUCUCGGAGGGAAACAAGAGGGCCUGAAUCCCGUGACGAUGAAGACGAUGAAGACAAUGAUGUAUAUAUUAGAAGAUUCAACAGAAUCCAUGAUGAAAGAAAUUCUUCACCUCCCCCACAACUACCAACAAGGCCUAAUGGCAACCGUUCAUAUAUACAUGAAUACAAAAAUGACGAUGGAGAUUCAGGGGAUGAAAUGGAUAAGCCAUCUCUACCUUCAAGAGCUCAUGCAAGGAGCACAAAAAUUCCUGAACAAGAAAUAAAAAUACUUCCACCUGCCAUUAAAUCCAAACCAGUUUUAAAUAAACCUAGAAUACCUGUUAUGACAAGUGAAUUAAAUGAAAAAGAGGAGCAAGAUACAAUCAAAAAUAUUGCACCUGAGCCAAUGUCCGCAAUUGAAUUAAUAGAUGAGGAAGCAUAUCUCAUAUCACUUUCAGAAAGUAAUACUCCACCGUCAAUGGAUACCGUUUCAGUCAAAUCCAUAAAACCGGCAAAUAAAUCACUGAAAUCUCCUAUAACAAAUUCAAUCAGAAGCACUAAUUCAUCAUUAUCUCCCGUACCUCCGACUUCCAGAAAAUCAAAUGACACCACUACUUUCUUGGACUCAUUGAGUCAAAAUAAAUUAAGUGAAACUCAUGGAAAAUUACCUGAUACCCCUAAGAAAAAAGCACAAUUACAAGGGUUAGAUUAUUUAGAUUCUGUUCAGAUGAAAUCUCCUUCACCACAGGUAUCACCAAGUAAUAGUCAAACCCCCUCCCCAAUAAAAACAAGGAUCAGUAAAUUACCUAGAUCAGAAAGUUUUAUCAAUUCUGCUCUAAAUUCUAAUUUAAAGAGUGCGAAGAAAGUGGGUCCACCUGUUGUGAAAGAUAAACCUACAUUACCUUCGAAACCUCAGAAAUUCACAAAUGAUCAUAUUAAUUCUUCUUCCGACUCAAAAAAUGAAGAGAAAGAGGCAAGUCUGAAAUCUUUUAAAAUCGGAAAAGAUCAAAAGGACAGUUCUGUAACAAAGAUUCCUCCAAAAGUACCAAUAAAGAAUAAUAAGAUCAAACUUCCUAUCUUAAAACCUAUUCAAAAUAAAUCACCUGCAACAAAAGCUCAGAAAUCAGUAGAAAAUGAACAUAAAUUGGAAUUACCAAAAUUGAGAUCAAUAGAUAAAAAUCAACCAGAUUCUAUUGAUGAAGGUAAGAAGUCUAACAGACCAGAUGUACCUAAACGUAAGCCAACGAUCCCAGAAGCAUUAGUAAAUGCUAAAUCAUUAAAGAAAACAAAUAUAGAUAACAGUGAUCCCAACUCUAAAGAUUUCUCGACAUCUAUUCCAGAAGCUUUAAUGAAAAAGAAUAAUUUAACAAGAGCCAAAAUUGCUCCUGCAGUCCCUGAACGAAAAAUUUCGUUACCGGAAGCGUUGAAGAGGGUUAAUCAACUUAAAUCACAAAGUAAUGAAUCAAAAGCACCACAAAACCCAUCUAAGCAACCAAUUAAUGUUCAGUUGGAAACUGUGAUGGCAUUACACCAAAGGAAAACAUUCAACGGUUCCAACUCUCCUAGCCAACCGACUCCUAUGAGACGCACCAGAACAACACUUUCAACACCCUCUAAAUCUACUCCACUAGUUCAUGUAACUAAAGCACGUGCGAAGGGACCAAAAAGAAAGUUACCUUCAAAAAUAUAA